AUGGAAUCCCGAGCUGAAAUGUCUUGUGUUCUGAAAGUGAAUAUCAAUUGUGAGACAUGCAAGAAGAAGGUGAUGGAUGUGUUGCAAAAUCUCCAUGGGGUAUACUCUGUUGUUAUUGAUGCAGAACAAGGGACAGUAAAAGUUUCAGGAAAAGUAAAUCCAUAUAUAAUCUUUAAGGUAUUUGAAAAAUAUGGGAAGCAUGGAGAGGUUUCUUGUGUUAAGUUUGAAGGGGAAGUGAGGGAGCCAAUCUACUACCAUUAUCAUGGAGGAAAUGGGUACAUCCCUCAUAUAUCACCUCACACAUAUCCACUUAUGGGAGGGCCAGACAAUUAUUCUUGGUAUGAUAGACACUAUUAUGCUCCACCACCGCUAGCACCACCACCACCACCACCACCACCAUACCUACCUCCUCCUCCGCCACCGCCACGACCGCCACCACCACUGCAACCAGUAAUUAACUAUUUUCCACCUAAAGCACCACCCGUGGUUGCACCCCCUAAGGAGAUGGAUCAUCAAUGGUGCAUAAUAAUGUAAAAGGUGUUAUUAGUGAGCUCGGUUUCUUAAUUUGCUUAUGGAUAUUAUACAUAGUAAACAACCAUGAUGCAAUUUGGAUUUGGUUUUUGAAAAGAAAUCUCUGCUUGUUUUACUGUUUCCUUGAGUUUGCUAAAGGUCAUGGGACAGGUUUGAGCACUCUAUUAGAUACAGAUCUCAUGAGUAUCCUGUAUUUGAGUUUGGGACAAAUUUAAGUAAG